AUGAAUAUCAUCUGGGGUCUAAAGUUGCCCUGCAGGAACUGUAUUUUCUUUCAUCUGGCUUCUUUGACCAAGCAGGGGAAGUGCAAUAAUCUCUACAGAUCCCAUGCAGGACAUUGCCGAACUCAGGUCCCUUUUACACAAGACAUACGUCAAAGGCUGGAUUUGAGUGGAAUUGCUAGAAACUCUGCUUUGACUGGAAGCCCUAACUACUAUAAAGACUUAAUCAGUAAAGGACAGAGAUGGCUUUUGAAUGCCUCAAAUACAGAAGUACACAAGAAUGCACACCACAGUUGGAGAAGAUUUUGCUUCCAGUCUUCUCGGACACAGCAGGAGAAGGCCCCAUUCUUCCACAUCAGUUCUGCAGGGCAGCACCCACAUCCUUUUUCAGCUUGGAACAUUCAUAUCUUCAGGUGUUUUCACAUAUCACCAUCGUUUCAGGCUGCACCAGUUUCUCUUUUCUGGAUUAUUAUUAAGCCAGCUCAAAAGUUGCUUGCUAUCAUUCUUGGCAGGAGCAUAAGAAAUUGGUGGAAGGCACUUCCUUCUAAUAAACGGGAACUUUUAAAAGAAAGAGCAAGAAAAAAUAAGUGGAAGAUACUCCUGGGUGUCAGUAGCUUAGGAGUUUUAUUUGUCGUAUUUUAUUUUACUCACUUAGAGGAGACACCCAUGACUGGGCGUCCUCGACUGUUGGUGUUUGGAAAAGAGCAUUUUAGGGAGCUGUCACAGAUGGAGUAUGAUAUGUGGAUGGAAGAAUUCCAAAGUAAAAUGUUACCUGAGACAGAUGCACGCUAUCAGGUGGUGGAGACGGUUUUGGGGCACUUAUCUGAAAGCAAUAAGGACAUCCCACAGAUCUCGGCCCUCCAGUGGGUUAUCCAUGUCGUAGAUGAACCAGAUAUAAAUGCUUUUGUGCUUCCAAAUGGUCAAGUGUUUGUUUUCACGGGGUUGCUAGAUGCAGUUUCUGAUGUUCAUCAGCUGUCUUUCAUUCUGGGACAUGAAAUAGCUCAUGCUGUGCUGGAGCAUGCAGCAGAGAAAGCCAGCCUGGUUCACUUCUUGGAUUUUCUGUCACUCAUCUUUCUCACUCUGAUUUGGGCCAUCUGUCCUCGUGAUAGUCUGGCAGUUGUUGGCCAGUGGAUUCAGAGCAAGCUGAAGGAGUUUGUGUUUGCCAGACCAUACAGCAGAAUAUUGGAAGCUGAAGCUGAUAAAGUGGGACUUGAGCUUGCAGCAAAGGCCUGUGUGGAUGUGCGAGCAAGCAGUGUGUUUUGGCAACAGAUGGAAUUAGCCAGAAACAUUCAAGGGGAGCCCAAGUUACCAGAGUGGCUCUCUACACACCCCUCUCAUGAAAACAGAGCUGAGCACUUAGACCGGCUUAUCCCAGAGGCUCUUAAAAUAAGAGAGAGCUGCAACUGCCCAUCUCUUUCUGGACCAGAUCCUCGCCUCGUUUUCAAACAUAACAUAAAGUAUCUUCUGGAAUUGUCCAAAGACCAAGAAACCUCAAAUUCUACAAAGCAAGAGCUCUCAAAACCAAAACCGGAUUUUCCUCAAAAAGUAGAAAAUAUGCCAGUAACUUUUGCAAUUAAACCUACAAACUAG